AUUUUAACAGGAUGGGGUUUGUGUAAUUACUUACUUAUUGGAUUAUGUGGGCUAUGCACACUAGUUGAAGCUACUGCAGUGCUAAUUAUUUCAAUUACAAUCCCUUUAAUUACUUGCGACCUUUUUCUCAAUAAAAGACAGAUAGUAAUUUUCAAUGCUGUUUUAUCACUAGGUAUGACUCUUGGUGGAUUAUUAUUUGGUACCAUAGCAGACUAUAGUGGACGUAGAAAUUUAAUUCCAAUUUCUAUGGUUAUAAUAUUUUCUGCUUUCCUUGGACUUUCAUUCUCUCAAACUUAUUUUCUGAUAAGCUUUUUUAUUUUCAUGUUGGGCAUUGGAUUAGCAGGAAGUCACCUGGUACUUAGAGUUUAUAUGAUUGAGUGUGUUCCAGCUAACAGAAGAGGCAUUUGUUUGGUUCUUAUUGACCUCCUAUGGUCUAUUGGCUACGUACUGUCCUUAGGUUUAAGUUGGAUUUUAAUUCCAUCAAUAAUUAAAGUACUUAGCAAAGACUUUCGUCCAAAUUCAUGGCGAGUUCUCGUUGGAUUAGGAAGUGCGCCAUGUCUCAUAAUAGCAUAUCUUUCUAAUCUGCUUCCACCGAGUCCAAGAUAUCUUCUUUAUCGCAGACGUCCUCAGCAAGCUUUAAUUGUCUUCCAACAAAUGUUUGCCAUAAAUAAUUCUCAGCACGUUAAUAACUUUCCGUCAUGUAAUUUAAACAAUUGCGUAAGAUCAGAUGAAGACGAUGUUGAUGCAAGAUAUUUUUUUCAAAUUUUACGUGAAUUUAUUUUUAAAAUCUGGAAAAAAAUUAAGCUAAUUUAUUCAAAAAAUUUUAUAAAAUACACUUUUUUAUUUAUUUUUCUCAGACUUUUCCUUUUUCCAGGUCUAGUUCAAAUUACACAAUGGACAGCUUAUUUAUCGGAUGAAACAAAUUAUGCCCCAUCUUCUAACACAACUUGUUCCAUUGAUUUAAGAGAUAUUGGUUUACAAUUUCUAAACAAUUGCCAUGAAGUAAAUCAUGUUCAUUUCAAACAUUCGCUCAUUCUUUCGUCAAGUUUCAUUUUAGGUGAAAGCUUCCUUUCAAUUGCAAUCGAUAGAAUUGGUCGACAACUAUCAAUAGUUGUCUCUGGAUUAAUUGGUGGAAUAUCAAUCCUUGUGGUUAUCUUCGGUUACCAUCAAGAUGCUAAAACGAUUUGGUCAAUUUUAUUUUUAUCGUCCUUUGCAGUCGUUCAUACAACUACAAGUAUUAAACUAUUAGAACAUUAUCCAACAUCUGUAAGAGGAACUAUUUGGGGUUUGACAUUAGUAUUACCGCAUAUAACGUCGUUUUUGAUAUCUUUUCUUGCCAUAAUACCAUGCUGGAUGGUAAUUUACGUUAUGCUUGGUUUACUGAUAGGUGCUGUACUAGCCGUCUUACCAAUUCCAGAUUUAACAAAUUCUCCAAUGAAAGAGUAAUUGGAAGAGAGUCUUUUUGAUAAAUCUUCUUUAGAAAAAAAUUUUUUUUUCAAGAUUUAAA